AUGAUUUCUUAUGAGAAUAACAAUAGCUAUCGCAAAAAUUUUUAGCUUAAUGCAGAGGAUCAUAAAUUGUUUUAACAGUUACCAUUUAAAUAGAGUGAUUCUGAAGUAGAACCAGGCAGCUUUUUCGAAUCAAGUAGAAUAUAUUCAACUACUAAAAAUGAAAUUCCUCAAUAAGAAAAUAUAUAAAACAAAACUAUUUUAUAAGUUUUAAGCGAGUAUCAAAGAGAUUAAUUUCAGGAAUGUACGUCAGUUUAUACAGAAAAGAGUUUUAGUCGUAACACAAAAACCCUGACAAAUAAUAGUCCAAUCAAACAUAAUUAGUUAACACAAAGCUAAAAAUAUGACAUUUAGAACAUUAAUCUUAAUUAAGAAGAAUUUUAAUUUAAAAAAGCUGAGCCAAUUAGAUUAAUGAGAACCCUCAAACUUAUAGUUAAUAUUCAGCAAUUCUUUAGGAUCCUUUCGAUGAAUGCAAGGAUUUUUAAUAGACUUACUUAACAUCAACACAAUCUAAUUGGAGAUGCUUCUAGUGUUUAUUCAAAAAGUUUAAGUUUAAAAAAUGGUGGUAAAGUGUUUAAUCUAGUUAACAAUUUCAUGUAUAUCUCAUUGAAGCUCAGGUACAUUUUAAACAAGAAAGUCUUUAAUCCUUCAAACUACAUAAUAAAAGCUUGGGAUAGUUUAUAAUCAUUACUUAUUAUAUUCUCAACUUUUCUAUUAAAUUUGGAGUUAUUUUUUUAAAUGGAUAUUUCAUAGUUCUAAUUACUCUUCUAAAUAUUAUUUAAUGUCUCUGUUAUUGACAUUUUUAUAGAGUUGAACACUGGAGUACUAUAAAAGGGCAUUAUAAUUUAUGAUAGAAAUUUUAUUAUUAAGUCUUAUAUGAAAAAUACCUUUUUUUUAGAUUUGUUAGGUAAUAUACCUCUCUUUUUUUAUAUUUCGAAAGUAGAAGUUUCUACUUCUAUGAGAAUAUUUAUCAAUAUUUUGUUUACUUUUAAGUGGGUUAAAAUUUCGAAAGUAUUAUAGCAGAUAGCUUUCUACGUAAGUUAUGAAAAAAAUCAUAAAAAUAUUUUUGACCUCUUUAAACUUCUAGUUUUUGUUAUAGGGAUUUGUCAUAUAUUCUGUCUAUUUUGGCAUGGAUUAGUGUUGUUAGAGAUUAAUAAUGGUAUAACAAAUAAUUGGCUAGCAAGCAAAAACCUUCUUGAUGCGUCUAUUUAAGAUAGAUAUAUUUACUCAUUUUAUUUCUUAGCUGUUACUAUGGCAACUGUAGGAUACGGAGAUAUCGCUCCUUAAAAUAAAUUAGAAGUUUUAUUUACAACAAUUACUAUUUUUGUCACUUGUGUUGUUUAUGCAUUCAGCUUAAACACUAUAGGUGGUAUUAUAGAGAAUAUAGAAAAGAAAGAUAAAAAAUACAAAGAAAAUUUGUAAAUAAUUCAUGGAUUGAUGAGAGAAGAGGAGGUAUCAAGAGAACUCAAAAUACAAGUUUCAAAUUACAUAGAAUAUCUUUAUAAAGAAUCAAAUGAAAUUCAGAAGAAAUAAGAAAAGCUAAUUAUUCAAAAACUUUCAACUAAAUUAAGAAAUGAUCUUACAUUAGAAAUUUAAGGGAAAUAUUUAAGCAAUAUUCCUUUAUUUAAAUCAAUUUAAGAAAAGGAUUAAAUCGCAAAGAUUAUGGAAGAGUAAUUAUACUCUCCUGCAGAAACAAUAUUCACUUAAGGAGACAUAGAUGAUUGUUCCCUUUAUUACAUAGUCAAAGGAAGUGUUUCGAUUGUUUUUGAGUCUGGUUAGAAUUCGAAUAGAGAAGCUUAAUAAAUUUAGCUUAAACAAAAGAAAGAAUAUUUUGGAGAAAUCUCAUUUAUAACUGGAAACCGUAGAACAUUUACAGCUAAGGCUACUGAUUUCUGCAGGAUAUAUAAAAUUAAUAGGGAGCAAUUUUUAUCAGUUAUUUAAGAAAAUGAUUAGGAUUUUGAACAUUUUUAAAUGAUAAAAGAAGCAAUAACUCUGAAUAAUAAUUUUAAAUAUUGCUCUAUUAUUUGCUCAAUUUGCAAAUCUGAAAAUCAUUUUUCUAUAAAUUGUCCAAAAACUCAUUUAACAUUUAAAAAAUAAAUUAUUAUUUCUAGAUAUAAUAGUAAAUGCUUAUAAGAAAGAACUUAAUAUACAAGGAGACAGCUUAAGUUAAAUUACUUCAAAAAAACAUAGUAACUUAAAAAGGCAAUUAAUCAAAUAAAUAAUAAUGAGUCAUUAUUUGAAAUACUUGACACAAUAGAAUUUGAAAGUGUUUAAUUUGAUUUAUUAGAUGGAGAAAUUAACUAUUAACAAUAAAUUGAAAACGAAGAUGAUAGAGAUUUGUUUCAAAGAGUAUUGACUAAAUAAUUUAGUAAUAGAAAUAACCAAGAAAGUCUAUCCACUACAGAGCAAGCUAAAACUAAUAAUUAAUUUAAGAUGAAUCUAUCAUAGUUAACACCAUCUAUUUCAUCAUCAUCGUCACAUUCGUCAUCAUCAUCAUCUUCUUCUUCAGAUGAAAUCGAUGAUAAUAUUAAAAACUUUAUUAUUAAAUUGAUAGAUUAAUAAAAAGAUACUUUAUAACAUAAUUAAAACCACUAUCGAAAAAAUAGCUUAUAUAUUAAUGAUUUAAAUGACCAUAAUAACCCUAAUAACAACAACAACAAUAAUAAUAACUAAUAAUAGCAAAAUGGGAUACUUUUAAAUAAUAGAGCUAGAAGAUUAACAAGAUAAAAUUUGAAGUUAGAAAAUUUAAUCAGUUUUAUUGAAAGCAAUAAUUCAUCUUUUGAAGAGGAUAUAAAAGCUAACAAAAGAAAAAGUUUUUAAAUAACUAAUGGAAUUAUGAAUUUUAAAUAAAUUUCUCCUAAUAAUAGUUUAAAAACUAUUAAUAUUAAUAAUCAAGCAAAUUAUAGCAAUAAUAUGUGUACUCCUUUUUAAUAUUAAGGUGAACAAUAAAAUUUUUUGAACUUCGAAAAAAAAUUUCUAGAGGCAAGUGAAUCUCAAGAUUAAGUAAAUUAUUUUAUGCUCUAGGUGUUCGAUAAGGCUAAGAUAUUUAAGUAUUAUUUUCCUAACUAUAAUUACCCUGAAGUUUUAUAAAAAUGGAUGAUCUUUUAAUCAAAAAAAUAAAAAAGUAUACCAAUCUCUGUAAGUAAUAACCUUAAAAAGAAAAGGUAUUAAAAUAAAAGAAAAUAAAGCUCCUAUUAAAGCUAAUUUAAAAAAAUUAUAAUAUGA